CUAUAUGCACGGCCACUUCCUGGUUUAGAUAAGUCAGCUCAGUCAUUUCCGGUCAACUGUCCAAAAUCAAGCGGCCGUGAAGAUGUCUUUCUACACUCGCUGCCUUCAGGAUUUACCUCAAGUCAACAUCAAUGAUGUACACCGCCUUAUUCAGGAAAACUCCAAGGCUUUGUCCAGUAAACGGGAAAAAGGAUUUAAGCUGUACAUAUCCAGUUAUAUUCAUGACUAUGAAGGUUGUCCUCAAACACACUAAACCUGUUGAGCUGAUGGCCUGUCAGUGCUCAUGUGUGGCAGGGCUUGCUCUAUGUAAUCACAUUGCAGCAUUGCUCUUCCAAACAGCACAUUACAGCCAACAGGGAGCGGCAGCUGUCCCCCCGACUCACAGCUGCACAGGGUCUGAGCAGCAAUGGCACAAACCCGGGACCCAGGGCUUUAAGCCUGGUCCAACAAAUGAAAUGGUGGUAUUGUCAGCUAGGCCCAAGGAGAGAAGAUUGGCAGAAGGCAUCAGGAGCAACCUGUAUAAAGCUGCCUGUAACCUGACCUGUUGCCUUCCAGACAUGUCAGUUCUACGGGUGAAGGAUAUUUACGAAGGCAUGUCGAAAGAAACUGCUCCUUUAAUAGCCACCAUGGGGAUUUCAGGGGAUGUGCCUUUAGUUGACAGCGCUUUUGGAAAAGUCCAAGAAGGAAGUUUACUGUCCUAUCAACUUCCAGCAUGGAGCCCACCAAAGACCUGUCCACAUAGCACUGCACCACCACGACCAUACUUACCCCUGGAUGGCUACUGUCUAGGUCCCUCAGAGUGCUGUUUUGUGUUGACUCACCAUCAGCAGAUGAACAUGACUUCUCUAGCAACAACAGAAGUCAUGGCACAUGAAAUUGAGAUGGGCACAAGACAACAAAGCACAAUGAGGGAAUGGCAUUUAUUGAGAAAGCCACGUGUAACCUCCUCUAGAUUCAGGUAA